AUGGGUUGCUGCCGCUCCUCGCUGCGGGCGGGGCCGGGGCCGGGGCCCCACGCGGCGGAGAAGCCGCCCCGCCACCGCCACGGCCACCGCCACCGCCACCGCCCGCCGCCGCCACCGACGAACAACGGCCCGUCCUUCUCCCUGAACGCGCACCAGGCGGCCGCGCCGCCCCCGGCCCGGGCCGCCGGGGGGGACGUCCCGGUGUUCGCCGAGUUCUCGCUGGCGGAGCUCCACGCGGCCACGGCCGGGUUCGCGUCGGAGAACAUCGUCUCCGAGAGCGGAGAGAAGGCACCCAACCUCGUCUACAGGGGCCAGCUCAAGGCACCCCGCGGCGCCGGCGCCCCGCCGCGCGCAAUUGCCGUGAAGAAGUUCGCCAAGCUCGCGUGGCCCGACCCCAAGCAGUUCGCGGAGGAGGCGAAGGGGGUCGGAGGCCUCCGGCACCGGAGGAUGGCCAGCCUGAUCGGCUACUGCUGCGACGGCGACGAACGCCUGCUCGUCGCCGAGUUCAUGCCCAACGAUACCCUCGCCAAGCACCUUUUUCACUGGGAAAAUCAGACUAUUGAAUGGGCUAUGCGUCUGAGGGUUGCAUACUACAUUUCGCAAGCAUUGGAAUACUGUAGUAUCAAGGGGCGGCCUUUAUAUCAUGACCUAAAUGCAUACAGGGUCCUCUUUGAUGAGAAUGGUGACCCUCGUCUGUCAUGCUUUGGUCUGAUGAAAAACAGCAGGGAUGGAAAAAGCUAUAGCACAAACCUAGCAUAUACACCUCCAGAAUAUCUGAGAAAUGGCAGGGUUACUCCAGAAAGUGUCAUAUUCAGUUUCGGCACUGUACUCCUUGACCUUCUCAGUGGGAAACGCAUACCGCCUUCACAUUGUCUACAAUAUGAGCCAAGAGAUCGGCCUGACAUAAAAAAAUUGGUUUCCAUUCUGGAGCCUUUGCAGACAAAAUUAGAGGUACCGUCCUGUGUGAUGCUUGGAAUUCCAAAGCCAGUGGAAGAACCACAGGCACCUCCUACUCCACAGCACCCUCUUUCUCCCAUGGGAGAAGCCUGUUCCAGAAUGGACCUAACUGCCAUCCAUCAAAUCCUAUUUACAGCACAUUACAGAGAUGAUGAAGGGAACAAUGAGCUAUCUUUUCAAGAAUGGACACAGCAGAUGAGGGAUAUGUUGGAUGCAAGGAAACGUGGCGACUCUGCCUUCAAAGACAAAGAUUUUAAGGCAGCAAUCGAUUGUACAGCCAGACGAAGCUUGUGCUACCUUAUGUGUGACCAACCUGAUGCUGCCCUCCGUGAUGCAAUGCAAGCACAGAUCGUCUACCCUGAUUGGCCGACAGCAUUCUACAUGCAGGCAGUUGCACUAUCAAGCUAA